CGGUCUCUUUUGCUCCCUUGUUGCCUUUCCCGGGAGCGAGAAAGUAUGGAGCGAGGCAAACUGGCCGAAAGUGUGCCUGGGUGUUGAAAGCCGCGCAAACUCGCCUGGCAUGGAAUAAGCGGCCGCUCUGCGCCACUCCAUCGGCAGGCAGGAUCGGGGCCUCGCGGAGCUGCCAAAGGGCGGAGAACAGUGCAAAGCCGCGGGACUUCCACCGGUGUUUUCGGUGGAAGGUAGAGAAACAUCCUCGCGAGAAACCGAAGGGAAGGCAACCGCGUUUCUUGCACGUUUUGAAUGCAUCUGGGUUGUUCUGAAAUCGUGCAUCAACACGCGUCGCCUGCCCCACUCCCCGAUUGAUUUCCGAGCCGAGAGGCGUGGGAACUUCUUUCCCAAGAAUAGCUAGCAAUUAAAAAGAGCAACAACAAAAGCCCUGCCAUCUGAAAACGAUUUCUCAGCCCGCUCCUCAUCAAAUUCAUGCGACUGGAUGGUCCAGGCGGAUUUGGAAUUGGUAAGCCAUGCAAGUUCGAUAAGGCUGGAAUUUCCCUCCGGGAUCUGAAGGAGUCUCGCUAGGUGGUUCCAUAAGGAAGAGGGGCUGCAGGAUGAAUAAAAGGUACUUACAGAAAACAACAAAAGGAAAACUGCUAAUAAUAAUAUUUGCUGUCACAUUGUGGGGGAAAAUAGCAUCUGGGGCAAACCAUCACAAAGCUCAUCAUGUUAAAACUGGAACUUGUGAAGUGGUGGCUCUCCACCGAUGUUGUAAUAAGAACAAGAUAGAAGAAAGAUCACAGACAGUCAAAUGCUCUUGCUUUCCUGGGCAGGUAGCUGGUACCACCCGAGCAGCUCCUUCAUGUGUUGAUGCUUCAAUAGUGGAACAAAAAUGGUGGUGUCAAAUGCAACCAUGUCUUGAAGGUGAAGAGUGCAAAGUCCUUCCAGAUAGGAAAGGAUGGAGCUGUUCUUCUGGGAAUAAGGUGAAAACAACACGGGCAAACGUGUAAAAUCCUUCAAGAACAAGGAGAUUUCUGCUGUGGCUGAUGUCAAUUUUUGAUUAUUCCACACACACACACACAAUAUUCUGACUCCACGUUUGGGGUAAUAGCGAUGAAUCCUAGUCUUGGUCGGAUUCUCAGGAAGAACCAGAAGGUUCGUUGAGGAAUAAAGAUGUUCCAGCCUUGAUUUAAUACUCACAGAGCAGCAGGUAACUCGAUAGCAAAAGACAAAUCAAAUCCAACUCAUGACUGAUAAUAUUAAAUACAGCCAUGUAGGAAGUUUUAAUAACCAACUAUGAACCAUGAGGUUAAGUUUGUAACUGCUGGAGCAUACAAAUUAUUCCAAUGAGAACAUGAGCUGUGAGAGAAAUAGCCACUUGAGAUCAAAACUACUGGAAACUCAGCUGAACAAAUCUGAUGUGAUAAUGAUUUCAAUGGACUAAACUGUACAUUUGUAAAAAUAGCAUAAACUUAAAGAAAUGAUAUGGCAAAAGAGGUCAAGAGGUGAUGCUAAAGGGACACAGAAGAAGCAGCAGUCUGCUGGAUCCUGGCUUGAGAGUUGUGACAUCUCACCCCUACAAAAGCAGUCUUUGAAAUGUACUGACCUUUUCCCUCCAGAACUUUACCAGUCCUCCAUACCUGUUGGGGUUGCAUACUGCUUUCAUCAAAUUACUGUUCCAGAAGUUCUUCCCUGACACAACACACUUUUAAUUUGUAUUCUAAUCCUGAAGGUCCAGGACUACAUAUUUCAAUACGCUGAUUUUCUUAUAGGAAUGAAAAUAUAUAUCCAUUGUUAAUCAUUAUUGUUGAUAAAUAGUAGUUUAACUGAAUAUGUCAUUCAUAUACAAAUGUACCAUUAGUUGGACACGUUUCCCUAAGGCUAACCAGCUACUGCAACUCCUUUCAGAUAAAUAAAGAAUGGUCAAAACACAGUUUUCAUUUUCCCUCCCUGGUAUUUUUAAAAUAUCAGUUUUAUAUAAUUUCAAGAAUAUGUUCCUUGUACACACUUUGAUUUAUUAACAUUAGGUCCUACAAAAAAGAUAAAUAAUAUGUGACACUAACUAGUCCCUAUAUGAAAAUAGAUAGGGAUGCAUGUUAAUCUUUCAGUCCCUAAGAUUUGAUGGUAGUCAUUCAGAUGUGUCUUUUAGGGUAUCUGUUUU